AUGGACAACAAGGCGCUGGAACCCGAGUCCGAGAGCCCCCCCGCGGAGGAGGUGGUGGUCGUGUGCAACGGGGGCGCCGCCCCGCAGCACCUGAAGAAGGUGGAGAACCACAUGACCGAGGCCCAGCGGUUCUCCCACCUCCCUGAGCGCGCCGCUGUGGACCUGGAGUUCAGCGACGUCUCCUACACAAUCAGGGGGGGGCCGUGGUGGAGGAGGAGAGGGUUUAAAGCUUUGCUCAAGUGCCUUUCUGGAAGGUUCUGCAGUCGAGAGCUGAUCGGGAUCAUGGGGCCCUCGGGGGCCGGGAAGUCCACCCUCAUGAACAUUCUGGCCGGAUACAGGGAAACAGGGAUGAAGGGUCAGAUCCGGGUAAAUGGGAAGCCCAGGGACCUGAGGACCUUCAGGAAGAUGUCCUGCUACAUCAUGCAGGAAGACAUGCUGCUGCCUCACCUCACGGCACGAGAGGCCAUGAUGGUUUCAGCCAACUUGAAGCUGAAUGAAACGAUGGAUGUGAAGAAAGAACUGGUGGCGGAGAUCCUGACGGCGCUCGGCCUCCUCGACUGCGCCCACACGCGCACCAGCUCGCUGUCGGGGGGGCAGUGCAAGCGGCUCGCCAUCGCGCUCGAGCUGGUCAACAACCCGCCGGUCAUGUUCUUCGACGAGCCCACCAGUGGACUGGACAGCGUGUCCUGCUACCAGGUUGUCUCUCUGAUGCGCUCUCUGGCGCUGGGAGGGCGCACCAUCAUCUGCACCAUCCACCAGCCCAGCGCCAAGCUCUUUGAGAUGUUCGACAAGCUCUAUAUCCUCAGCCAGGGUCAGUGCAUCUACAAGGGCUCAGUCCCCCACCUCAUCCCCUACCUGAAGACCUUGGGCCUCCACUGCCCCACCUACCACAACCCAGCCGACUUCAUCAUCGAGGUGGCCUCGGGGGAGUACGGAGACCUGAACCCGGUGCUGUUUGAGGCCGCGCAGGGCGGGAUGUGUGCAUCGGGAGAGAAGAAGAACCCAAGUGAGAGCAACGGCCAAUCAGUGUGUGCGGCAAAGUGCCCGGAGGACGCCAGACACAUAGAGAGACAUUCAUUCGCCACAAGCACCCUAACACAGUUCUGUAUCCUCUUCAAGAGGACCUUCAUCAUCAUAUGUCGAGACCAGGUUCUGACCCACCUCAGGCUGAUGUCCCACAUCGCCAUCGGCGUGCUGAUCGGCCUGCUCUACCUGAACAUCGGCAACGACGCCAGCAAGGUCCUCAACAACACCGGCUUCCUCUUCUUCUCCAUGCUCUUCCUCAUGUUCGGGGCGCUCAUGCCCACCGUGCUGACCUUUCCUCUGGAGAUGUCCGUGUUCCUGAGGGAGCACCUUAACUACUGGUACAGCUUGAAGGCCUACUACCUGGCCAAGACCAUGGCCGACAUCCCGUUCCAGGUGCUCUGCCCCAUCAUGUACUGCAGCAUCGUGUACUGGAUGACGGAGCAGCCCCCCGAGUCCAGCCGCUACCUGCUCUUCCUCGCCCUCUCAACCUGCACGGCCCUGGUGGCCCAGUCCCUGGGCCUCCUGGUCGGGGCCGCUUCAACCUCCCUACAGGUAGCCACGUUCGUUGGACCGGUCACAGCCAUCCCGGUGCUGCUCUUCUCUGGAUUCUUCGUGAACUUUGACACGAUCCCCAAAUAUCUGCAGUGGAGCUCCUACGUGUCGUAUGUCAGAUACGGCUUUGAAGGCGUCAUCCUGUCCAUCUACGGGAUGAACCGCUCCGAGCUGGAGUGCCCGGGGAAGGUGUGCAAGUUCCAGAGGCCUGAGGAGGUCCUGCAGCUUCUGGACGUGGAGGACGCCAAGCUCCACGUGGACUUUAUCGUCCUCGGCGUUUUCUUCUUCAUCCUGCGGCUGGCCACCUACGUCAUCCUCCGCUACAAGGUUAAGUCAGAAAGGUAGAAAACGGCCUCCUCCUGGACCGGGUCUAUCUCUCUCUCUCUGUCUGCCUGUCUCUCUCAAGUUGUAAUUUCACUAAACUGCCAAAAGGCAGCGCUUCCAUUCUAAUGCCUUCUACGGCCGCCAGCUGCACUGCACAGAGAUGACUUAUAUAUACACAUAUACAUACAUAUACAUAUAUGUGUAUAUGUGUCAUCUCCCAAAUCGACACACACCGGUUUUACCUCAGACAUCCUCACUUGGAAACAAGACGCCACCCUCACAGGCGCAAGCGGCCAUGUUUGUUUCACACUGUAUUUAAAUUGAGUCAAAAGACUGGCGGCCUGCGGUUGCUCUGCAGGACGAAUGUGAUGAAAAAACAUUUUCUUCCUGUGUAUAAAAAAUGAAAUCAUUCUUGGAGCUAGAUUGUUGAUAGUAAAUUAAGCUUUAUCGUGAUUGUCUGCUGAUUUUUUCUAUUUUUUGUAUUUCCAUGAUUUUGACCUAAAAUCUUUAAAAAUCUCCAUUGAAGUGAAAAUUGUUCAUCCUUAAUCAUUUUAUACUGCACCGUAUUAACUUUAGCAUUAUGUUCAUAAGCAAUAGUAUAUACAGACGUAUAUCAGCUCAAUAGAUUAAUGUCUUCAUUAUUUACAACAUGCAAACAUGUUUGGUGCUAUCUUAAGUUCCACGUUUAAUUUGAGCUACACGUAAGGAAGGGACACAUCUGGAUGCACAUCACAGGAAAUACGAGCAGCCGGAGAUCAACCAAAGAGAAACUGCUGGAACUUGAAGUACGCUCAGCUUUUAUUUACAAUGCGUCAAUGGCCGUUCUGUUGUUAUUGUUGUUGAUGUAUGUCAUGACCACUCAUAUGUUCGUUCAUUUUCUUUUGAGACAUAUUUUGGAUAACUUUCAGCUUAACUGUACAGUACAGCUGUGAAAAAGGUUUGAUAUUCCAAUAAACUUGGAUCUACUUUAAUUAAAUGUGUCCUUUUUUCCUGUUA